AUGCCUUAUAAAGAAACACUUAGAAGACAAAUGGUGCGGACAGCAAGAUUAGACUCAUUUUUUGAGAUAAAACGGCGGAAAUCUAAGAAGAAAACUCGCCAUAAGGCUGGAGAAAGUAGCGAGGAUAUGGAAUGCACUCCUGAUGCAAGUCCACGGGCUAACUACCGAUCUCAGUCCACGAAUGAUCGUUUGAAAAGUGAAUCUUCCGACAACUUACGGACAGGAUCGGAUACGAACAAAGUUCUUCCAACUCCUCGGAGUAAAAGUGUAACAUUUAUGGAUGACAGACGAUCCGACGAGGCGGAAAUGACGUCAUAUCGUGAUAGUGAUAACUGUGAUAAAAAUAUUGUGUCAAUUAUUAAAAAGAGCAGUUCGACUGGAAGUGAUGUUAGAGCUGCUUCAACUGCUUUUGACGGUGAUCGUGUGACUGGAAACGUGUCUUCUGACAGUGAAGCAGAUCCUUCAAACUUUCUGGAGGAUUCAAGUGAAAUCAGAAGUGCUUAUAAAAAUAGUCGUUCUUCCAUUAAGACUCUCAGUAGUCUUGUAAAAAAUGUCAAGCCUGAUAAACAAGAAACAGUGUUGGAAUGCAGACGGAUGUUUCGAGAAGAAAUCCUACGACUUCGACACGAAACUGAAGACUUUAGAAUUAUGUGCCUUAAACAGAUAGAGAAACAGAAGAAAGCGGUGGAGAAACACAGAAAGCGUUGUUUAAACCAAUUGUCUGAUAGGACUUCCAAUGGAGAAAUGGAGUUGGAAUCGGAAUUACAGGGUCUGGCUGAAAGCAUGGAAUAUUUACAGCAUAAACAAGUCAUUCUAGAUAAGGAAACGGAAUUAUUGAAUCGGGAGGAAGAGAUAGAAAAGAAACAAAAAUAUUUAGAGGAUUUUGAACACGAGAUACAAGAUAUAGAGUUGAUGUUAAGACACCGGCAAGCUAUCUGUGAUCGGAGACAAGCAGCUCUUAAUAGCUUUGAUGAAGAAUUAAACAAUUUGAAAAUAGAAAUUGAAGAAACGAAAGAUGAAAUGGAGAAAGAGGGAAUUGAUACUAGUACUGCUUCUGAGAGAGCCAAGGAAAACUGGGAGGCAACGAAGAGAAACAUGUUAGAUAAACAACAAGUCCUGGAAAAUACAGUACAGAAAUAUCGUACCGAGCUCGCUACUACAGCUUCAGCUCUAGUUGGUAAAGAUAUUCUGAUUCAAAAACUCAAUGAAAAGGUUAAAGAAAACGAAGAUCAGUUUCAUGAGAAAGAUAAAAAGAUUAAAAGUUUAGAAAUGAAACUGGAGAUUGCGUUAUCUGAAAUUCGACAAAUGGAAAAUAAGAUGGACGCGAUACAUUCCAAUACAAAUAAUAACAACAACAAUCAUUUAACUCUGGAUAAAUUUCACCUUGUCAGGGAGGCGAGUCAGGAUUCUAUUAUCAAUCGGGAUUCUAGUCAGGAUUCAGGUAUAGGUCCACGUGAUCUGUCUCCCAGAAACAGUCAGGACUCCCACAUCAGCCAGGAUUCUCAUGAAUCUAGACGAAGUUUACGAGGAUCCCCGGAUUCUCAAUUAUCCACGAAGGACGGAAGCAAAUCGGAUAUAGGAUCGCCCGGCUCGACCAACGGGACGUUAAAAUUACCAGAGAUACCCGGUACCCCCAUGUCUCAUCAAGGCAGCUCACAGACUCUCGAUGUUAAAGCUCUUCUUAAAACUGAGGGGUCGGCAUCUUUGCGAUCCUUUGUUUCCUUUGAAGAAGAUAGUUUCAGAAAUGGUGAACCGCGAAAUUCGAAAGAUAGUUAUAAAUUCCGUUCUAAGGACAAAAUAGUUCGCCACGCAGCGCGGAAACAGAGUAUAGCUAAUGGUAAUUUAUCGAAACUUUCCAUGUUAAAACAUGGCGACGAUAUGAAAAGUGGGGCGUGCAGUGUGAUGUGA